AGCCCGGCCGUGUCCCCGUGGCUGUGGAGCCUGGCACGGGUAGCGCAGAGCCGCUGCAUUCUCGUCCCGUCUCCCCGGAGGAGCGCCCGGGAGCCCCUGUGCCCACCGCCUACCUGCGGAGCGCCGCUGCCGCGCGGCGGAACGCGGAGAAGGGCGGGGCCGUACCGUCCCCGCCCCGCCGCGCUGCCCGGCCGCGCGCCGAGGUUUGUCCGCCGUGGGACGCCGUCCCCCUGCGAUGGCGGCGUUCGCGCGGCGCAAGGCGCAGCGGCUCGCGCGACCGGACCCCAGCCGGAAGAGCGCGCUGGACGCGCGAGCCGCGGAGCUGGCGCGGCUCCUGAACGCGCGCGAGAGCUUCUGCACCACGAGCUCGUGCGACGGGAGGGUGAUCGUGAUGGACACGGACGGCAUGGGCAUCCAGAAGAAGAACUGCACGUGGCUCCUGGUAACACAUGACCCAUGUGUCAAAGGCGAUGUGAUGACAGCACUCAAGAAAGCCACUGGUGAUGUUGUGUUCAAGUUUGAACCAUUUGUUCUUCACGUGCUGUGUCGAGAGCUGCAGGAUGCGCAGCUGCUGCAUUCAGUGGCUAUUGACUCUGGGUUCAGGAACUCUGGUAUUACAGUUGGCAGAGGAGGAAAAAUUACAAUGGCUGUGCGGAGCACUCACUGCUUAGAAGUUCCAUUGAGCCACAAAGGGAGAUUGAUGGUCUCUGAAGAAUAUAUUGAAUUUCUGGUACAUGUAGCCAAUCAGAAAAUGGAAGAAAACAUAAGGAGGAUUGACAGAUUCCACAAAGGCUUGGAGCUGGCUCUGGAAGCUGCUCUCCCUGCAGACACCUUGUUUCCCAAGGGGCCAGAGAAGAGCCACUCUGUGUACGUGCAUAGAAGAAAGAGACGGACUGCUCAGGAACAGGCUGAUCCCAGCAGAGAGCUGGAACCCCAGGAUGAUAUGGAAAGCAGUCUUGGUCUGUUUGCUGAAAUCAUGAUAUAGACUAAGACAUUUGAAAGCAAAUGGCGAACUGAAAAAGUUAUUGUAAUGCUCUUUUUAAGAGAUUUAUAUACUCCUGUGCUCCAAGUAGUAAUAUUCUCAUGGACAUUGACCAGAAAAAAGGUAAUUAACAGAAUAGUGAGCAGGUGUAGCUACAGGACACAGAGAACAAAGCCAUAGAAUGUUUUGGGAGUUUUUAAAGUGUACUGUUAAAUUAACAAAGUGGUCCUCCAUCAGUUAUCUUAGAAAUAACUGGUUUGUUGCAGCUUUUCACUGUGUUCUCUGUGGCAGCAUUUCACUUCCAUCUUCUGGGUUUUGCAGAGCCAGCUGGCUCUGCAGGUUUCUCCUUCAGGAAGGGGAGGACAAGCAUUGAAGACUGAAGACCAUCCAAUACAUGCGGUGGAAAUUCCACAGAAACCUUCCAAAGUAGCGCUGUGUACACCGGUCUCAGACCUCAUGUGCGUUUGGGUGGACUGGCUAAAGUAUGACUCAACCCAGGGGCGUGAUUUCUAACAGUGCAGAGCUCCUGGCCAGGAGCUGUGUGAGCAAAACUGGAGUCCCACAGCCUGUGGGGCAGCAGGCAGGUGGUGGGAGCAGGCCACAGCAGGGCAAAGCACAGCAGCUCCUCAGGUGUGGGGACAUGGCUUCUGCCGCAGGUGUUACUGCAGCACUGUCAGGAUGCAGGCUUGUGUCAGACCUUUGCAGUUCACCAUUUUCCACAGACCUUCCUCUCCACUCUGAGGGUCAACUGCCUGUCUGGGCUGAACUGAAACUCCAGGGCUUCCAUCAACAAAAAGCAGCAUCUGCCUCCAUGCAGAUGGUCCUCCCCAAGCUGCUGCCUUAGCAAAUUCCUGGGGAUCCCCUGUUGCCAUCCCCACUGCUGGGAGUCCCACUAUUCCUGCAGAUCCCUCUUCACCACCUGGAGGGCACGUCUUGCACACAGAGGAGGUAGUUGUUGCUUGUGGAUUUCAGGGAGUUUGUUCAGAAUAGUCUGAACCCUCCUCUGCGUGUGACAUUUCUUAAAAUGUCUGGCACUGUUGGAUGUGGCUCAAGGGACUGACGACACCAGCACCAACCACAAGCAGUGCCCACAGACCUGUAACAGCCCAAACCCUCACCCUGUGUAACAGCACUACAGUAUUUACAUUCUGAGAAAUACAGUUUGUCAGAAACUGAUCCCACGUUCCUCUGAAAAAUUAUAAAAAAAAUCAGGAAGACUUUUUGGCAUCUUAACACAAAAAUGUUACCCUAACUGUUUGCAUCCAUCCAAGGUUGCAGAGGGUGAUGCUGAGGAGGUUUCUGGGACCAGCAACACCUUCCUCCAUGCACUGCUGCCCUUACAUCUUGCUCCAUGCUCACCCAAGUUGCACCAGCUCAUUUUGAGGUUAAUUUAUCAAGCUGUGUUUUAUUUCCAGCUGCUGUAUGGGAUUCUGUUGGGCUGUCAAUGUGCAGGGCACAGGCAGGAAUUGGGAAGAGCAUCCAGAGGCAGCUGGAGGCAGCACCCUUGAAAAGGGGAUUCUGGGGCUUAUGGCUGCAGGGAAAUUCAAUAAGCAACAAGACUCCUAAAACUGUCAAAUCUUUAUCAUUUGUAAGUGUGCUUAGCCACUUAAUUAAUCUAAAAGGUAUUUUUAUACUUGCUCUCACUGUGUUAAAUUUUUUUAAAUUACAA